UCUGUUAUAUUUGAUGAAAGGAGAGAAUCACCCUGUUUUGACAGAAGAGAUGAGUUUAAAAUUGAGAUUUUGACAAGAAUUGUUCCGUGGGAGAAAAUUAACGUUUCUUGGGACACUUUUCCAUAUCCCAUAGAUGAGCAUACAAAAAGUCUUCUGGUGGAAUUUGCUGAUUCACACUUGAGAUAUAAUAAGUUUGCUUCAUCUUUUGGUACUGGCCUUGCAUCUUCAAGUGGAAGAAUAUUGCUUCAGAGUAUUCCCGGCACUGAGCUUUAUCAGGAGAGAUUAGUUAGAGCUCUUGCACAACAUUUACAAGUUCCUUUGUUGGUGUUUGAUAGAAGCAUCCUUACUCCUUAUGAUAUUGAUGAUGAUUUAUUGUCACACAAUGAUAAUGCUGAAUCUGGGGAGGAAGGUUCUCUGGAGUCAAAGAAUGAGGAUGACAAUGAUGCUAGGUAUUGUGCUAGUAGUGAAGAAGAGCCAGAUGCUAGUGAAAAUGAAAAUGAAAAUGAAGAUGCAGAGGCUUCUGCCAAAGCAGUCCUUGAGAAAAUUAAAGCGGCUGUUCAGAAAUUUGUCCCAUAUAACGUUGAAGAAUUGCCGAAGGAUAUAUCUGGGAAGGAAGGUUCUCUGGAGUCAGACUCAGAGAAUGAGGAAAGGUGGUCGAGCGACUCCGAUGUUGAGUCAGAUGCUACUGAAAAUGAAGAUGCAGUGGCUUCUGCCGAAGCAGUCGUUGAGAAAAUUAAAGCGGCUGUUCAGAAACUUGUCCCAUAUAAUGUUGAAGAAUUGUCGGAGGAUAUAUCUGGGGAGGAAGGUUCUCUGGAGUCAGAGAAUGAGGAAGGGUGGUCGACCUAUUCCGAUGUCAAGUCAGAUGCUAGUGAAAAUGAAGAUGCAGAGGCUUCUGCCGAAGCAGUCGUUGAGAAAAUUAAAGCGGCUGUUCAGAAACUUGUCCCAUAUAAUGUUGAAGAAUUGCCGAAGAUAACCUCUGGAGAGUCUGAGACUUUCAAGUCUAAUGAUGGCAAGUUCGAUGAUAAAUUUGAAUGUCAACUAAGAAAAGGCGACCGUGUGAAGUACAUUGGGCCAUAUAUUCCAGUUACAGCUGAUGAUAGCAGGCCUUUAGCUAAUGGUCAGAGAGGAGAGGUGUAUGAGGUUAAUGGAGAUCGAGUCUCUGUCAUUUUGGAUAUUAAUGAGGAUGAGCUGGAAAGUGUUGAUAAUAUAAAGCCACCAAUUUGUUGGACUGAUGUUAACAACAUUGAGCAUGAUCUUGAUGCUCCAUCAGAGGAUUGCUACAUAGCAAUGGAGGCUUUAUGUGAGGUUUUACAUUCCAAACAACCACUUAUUGUCUAUUUUCCAGAUGGUUUGCAUAAAUCAGUUCCUAAGUCAAUCCAAAGUGAGUUUUUUCAAAAGGUCCAAGAGAAGUUUGAACUGCUAUCUGGCCCCAUAGUACUGAUUUGUGGGCAAAACAAAGCUCAGUCGAAAGGACAACUAGAUGAGAAACUACUGGUAAUAUUCAAGAAACAACUUGAGGAAGAUAGGAAAAUUGUGAUUUCACAGUAAUUUGAAGAAACUUGUUGAGAAAUUAAACACGUGCCUUGGCUGCUGCUUUAGAUAGUUUAGUUCAGUUUGAAUGAGUCAAAUAAAAUAUCUUCUACUAGCUGUUAGUGGAGAGAUCAGUUUAUGUUUUGUUUUUAAUUAUAAGUAACAGCCCCUAGAAUUUAGCUUAAAUUAAGGAGGUUAUCUCUUAUCAGUUAUUUUCAAGAUGUAUUUAAAUUCAAGUUUGUGAUUCAAUAAAGUAUUAUGCUUUUGCUGCCUCAUAUCAAAAAAUUUAUACCGUUCAAUUUUCUCUUCUGCUA